AGUGAUGGGGAGCACUCUAUGUAAGGAGUCUGGGGUCACAGCCAGUGAUGGGGUGCGCUCUGUGUAAGGAGUCUGGGGUCACAGCCAGUGAUGGGGAGCGCUCUGUGUAAGGAGUCUGGGGAGCGCUUUGUGUAAGGAGUCUGGGGUCACAGCUAGUGAUGGGGUGUGCUCUAUGUAAGGAGUCUGGGGUCACAGCCAGUGAUGGGGAGCGCUCUAUGUAAGGAGUCUGGGGUCACAGCCAGUGAUGGGGAGCGCUCUGUGUAAGGAGUCUGGGGAGCGCUCUGUGUGAUGAGUCUGGGGUCACAGCCAGUGAUGGGGUGUGCUCUGUGUAAGGAGUCUGGGGUCACAGCCAGUGAUGGGGUGCGCUCUGUGUACGGAGUCUGGGGAGCGCACUAUGUAAGGAGUCUGGGGUCACAGCCAGUGAUGGGGUGCGCUCUGUGUAAGGAGUCUGGGGAGCGCUCCAUGUAAGGAGUCUGGGGUCACAGCCAGUGAUGGGGUGCGCUCUGUGUAAGGAGUCUGGGGAGCGCUCUGUGUAAGGAAUCUGGGGUCACAGCCAGUGAUGGGGUGCGCUCUGUGUGAGGAGUCUGGGGAGCGCUCUGUGUAAGGAGUCUGGGGUCACAGCCAGUGAUGGGGUGCGCUCUGUGUAAGGAGUCUGGGGAGCACUCUGUGUAAGGAGUCUGGGGUCACAGCUAGUGAUGGGGUGCGCUCUGUGUAAGGAGUCUGGGGUCACAGCCAGUGACGAGGUGCGCUCUGUGUAAGGAGUUUGGGGAGUGCUUUGUGUAAGGAGUUUGGGGAGUGCUCUGUGUGAUGAGUCUGGGGUCACAGCCAGUGAUGGGGAGCGCUCUGUGUGAUGAGUCUGGGGUCACAGCCAGUGAUGGGGUGCGCUCUGUGUAAGGAGUCUGGGGAGUGCUCUGUGUGAUGAGUCUGGGGUCUCUGCGCAGUCAGCAGCAGGCACAUUAGCCGGAGUGACGUCGGCACAUAUUAGGGGCAGGGAGAAUCCUGUUAGUGUGAGCCAGGUAACGGGAUCAGGAGGUAAUCGGCUGGCUCAGCACCAGGCAGAUUAAGUCAAGGACGCUCCGCCUGCUGAGAGUGAGCCUCAGUGCCUGCAGGGAGUGUGGAGAGGGGCACUCGCCUUGGCGUCAGGUACGGUUCUGGAGAUAUGGGGGCAGCUGGGUCAGGCCGGGAUGUCUGAUACCCUCAAUCUCCCUCCCUGAUGGCCACAUCUGCUCUGUGCUUUUCUCUAUAGGAUCCAACAUGUUCAGCUGGAUAGAGAAGGCGAUUCCUCAGCCCCCGGGGACCCCUACUCAUGAGGGUCAGGAUGCCGGGCCAGCAACCCCCAUACUAGCUUCAUCCAAGUGUGCCCAGAAUGUGACCUGUCCGGGGGAAGAGAAGGACCGCCCUACAGGAUCAGGGUCGGCGUCUGAUAAAAGCACAGGGGGAGUUCUCGGCUGGCUGGCGCAGGGCUUGGGGAAAGUUGUCCCUCAGCCCAUGGAGAGUCCGACCCUUCAGAGGACCAGCAAGGACAGCACAGAGCCCGUGGUGGAACAGAAGCGUCAGCUGGUGAGUGAGACAGUGGAAAAAAGAACGGAGAAUGGAGCCACGGAGCAGACGGACAGUGGUCCUGCUCUGGGAGUCCUUUCAUGGUUAUCUCAGGGCUUGGAGAAGGUAGUCCCUCAGCCAUCCUGGAGCCAGAGGAAAAUGUCUGAACCCAGUGCUGUGGUUGUGGAACAGAAAGCACAGGUAGAAGAGAAGACAGAGAAGAUCCAAGAAGUGAAUAUUCCUCCAGCCUCCCCCGUACAUGUGGUACACAGCCCUGUGCCAGCCCCGGUAGCAGCGACCCCACCUGCCGCAGUGGAGGUACUGCCAGUGGCCACAUCCGAAGCAGAGACUGGCGCUCCAGAUCGAGGGCCCGGCGUUGGGGUGUUGAAUUGGCUGAAGCAAGGCCUGGAAAAAGUGGUGCCACAGCCGGAGACCCCUGCUGUAAUUCCUAUAAAAUUGGAGGAGGAAAAUCCAAAAGAGGAGGUGCAGCCCCCAGCAGUGACCGGAAAAGACUCUAAGAGCAGGGUUUUGAGCUGGAUCACGUCUAACCUGGAGAAAGUCAUUCCACAGCCAGUAACUGCAGCAAAGCAGGAAUCACAGGACGUCAGCCAGGUGGAGGAAAUCUGUAUCUUACCCCCGACCGAGGAACAAGAGACUCUGAUUGUGGAGGACUUGGAGGAACCCAGCUCACAGGCAGCACCAGCGGAGCAGACAAGUGGAGGGAGAUGUUCCUACCAGGCCCCUGAGAAGCUGAGCAGAGGCUCCAAGAAAACAGAGAGUGUGGAAGAGGGAGGCUGGAGUUCAUGGAUUUCAUCCCCAACUGAGGGGCAACAAGUCACCAAUGAGUUUAUGGAGACAAACCUGGAACAGGGGGCAAAGGAGGAGCAGCAAAUAAUAUGUGAGAUCACUGGGCAGAGGCCUCCAGAUGAUCCCAUGGAGGGCUGUGACUCUGAGCUGGACAUGCCCGAACACCAGAGAAAUUUCCAAAUUGGGAGUGGUAGGAAUGUUUCAAAUGAACACCUCAAGACCUGCGAGAGAGAGAAUGAAUGGGAAUUACAUAGAGAGGAGGGAACACCUGAAGAAGUUGGGGAAACAUAUGAAGAAUUUGGAAAAAUGAAUGAAGAAGUGGGGGAAACAAAUGAAGAACUGAGGGAAAGAAUUGAAGUUAGGGAAGUGGGGGAAAGGAUUAAAGAAGAGGAAGGGCAAAAAAUGAGCAAUGUUCAGGCUACAGAAUAUGAUGAGAAAGUGACGUUUACUGUAGAAGAAGCAGAAGUUCCAUGUUUUGGAGAAAAAACAAUGGGGGGCAACACAAGGCAUUGGGAUCAAGAAACACAGAGUGAUCCAGAGAGUGAGAUAAAUACUUAUCCAAUUAUACAUGCUGGACAAAAAAGAGCUCAACACUCCAUGGGUGAGAAUCUACAAGAUGAUAUGGGACAAACCCAAACUCAGGUGAAGAAGGAGGAAUUAGAAAGACAACCCGAAGAGCAAAGUCAGCUAGAUGCAGAGAAAAGAGAGGAGGGUGAGAUAAACACCCAAAGAGAGAAUCCACCAACACAACUAACUGAGGAACCAGAAGAUCAGGGCACACAGUGUGUGGAACCAGAUAAAUUACAGAUUCAAAACGAGGAAGAAAUGAGUCAGAUAGGAGAAGAAAGCAAAAUAAUCCAUCCAGCUCACAUGACUCAACAUGAAUUAGAUGUAGUUGCCCAGAUACAACUCAAACCAUAUGAAUAUUCUGAUAACCUGGUAGAAGAGGAGAAAGUAUGUCAACAGCUACCAAAUGUAAUACAACAUGCAGCUGAGGAGCUAAAAACCCCACUAGCAGGAGAUAUUGUAACUCACCUAGCUGAUGAUACACACAGGCAGGUAAAGACGGACGGCAUGACACAGAAUGAAGACCAUGACCUACGUCCAUCAAAUGAAGAGGUUAGAAGCAGUGUGCAAGUAGGGACAGGCCUCCAGCAACAAGACAUGACUAAGUGUCAUCUCACAGGAGAGCUGCCUAUCCAGGAGGACAUAGCAAUUCCAGGGGACAUACAAACCCCAUCAGUAGAGCCAUUGCCCCCACAUGGCACUCAUGGACAAAACCCCCCAAAUGAGGAUUUAAUACAUCAUCUAAGUUCUCACUUAUUGCUGCAAAUGGAACUUGGAACAAAUGAAGUAACUAAUCAGAUUCAGUCUAGUGUAGAACUAGAUCCACAACAAGAGGGCAGGAAGCUUCAAACUGAGGAAAGACAGACGCAAACAGAAGACACAAUAUGCCAUCCUGAGGAGCAGACACAGACCUCGUAUGAUGGGGAGGUGAUGGUGCAAACUGAGGAACGGCAAACUCAGACUACACCACCUAUGGAAAAAGAGGUUCAACAAGAAGAGAUAGACAGGCAACACGAGUAUUCAGAAGAGCGGGCCCAGAUGGAGAACGAUGAGCUAGACAGGCAACAUGAGUAUCUGGAAGGGAGGUCCCAGAUGGGGAAUGAUGAGCAAGACAGGCAACAUGAGUAUCCAGAAGGGAGGGCCCAGAUGGAGAAUGAUGAGCAAGACAGACAACAUGAGUAUUUGGAAGAGGGGACCCAGAUGGAGAAUGAUGAGCUAGACAGGCAACAUGAGUAUUUGGAAGAGGGGACCCAGAUGGAGAAUGAUGAGCAAAACAGGCAACAUGAGUAUUUGGAAGAGGGGACCCAGAUGGAGAAUGAUGAGCUAGACAGGCAACAUGAGUAUCCAGAAGGGAGGACCCAGAUGGAGAAUGAUGAGCAAGACAGGCAACAUGAGUAUCCAGAAGGGAGGGCCCAGAUGGAGAAUGAUGAGCAAGACAGGCAACAUGAGUAUCCAGAAGAGAGGGCCCAGAUGGACAACGAUGACCUGAUUCAUGAGGAUGAGGGAGGAAAGGUCACUGAGCAAGAUGGACAAAUAAAAAGAACAUGUGAGGAGAAGCUGGUCCAUGGUGGAGAGGAGACAGAAAUAAAAGCCCAGCCAGAUGAGGAGCUGGGUCAGGAGAACCACGGACAGAGGAUUCAUCAGAGCAGAGUAGUGUCCUCUGACCUCAGUUAUGUAUCUAGUAUAUAUAAAGCGGAGCAGGAGAUUAUUCUGGACACUGCUCCACCUCACCGAAUAGAAGAGCUACAAGAAAGAAAAGCACUGGAGGAGCUAGAAGAUAAAAGCCUAGUGACUGAGGAGAUGGAGACUCACCUGGAAGCAGAAGCACUCAUGGAAGCCACCACAGAUGAGGAUGGGACAUGUCUGACUAUUCCAUCCUCCUUCCUCAACCUAGAAGGACACGAAGAACGGAAAGGUGCAGAGAAAGAAGUUCUGGAAUCCGAGAAUGAACGACUUUCCUGGAUCCUGGAGGAAGAUGAAGAUGAAGAUGAAUCAGAGCUGCAGAUGUCCUGUUACCAUAGCGAGAGCGAGGACGACACCAAACUCACACACCAGGUGACCCUGGAGUGCCCCCCUGAUGUUCUGGACACCUCAGUUCUUGCACCAGCAGUACCUGUGGAGGAGGCAAGCAGUCCGUGUAUAGAGGUGCUGGAGCAAGCAGCGGCCAUUCUCUCAUAUGAAAAAACUGGCUCCAGGUCCAGCGCUCUGCUUGCCUUGUAGCUCCUGCCAUUAUGUCCCGUCAAAAUGCAGACGUAGAACUGUUGCGGCUGGCACCUGCGAGGACUGGAGAUGGGCGCCGCU